GGAAAGCUUGAGAUCUGGAUUCCAGCCACUCACUAACUUAGAUUACAGCUUUUAAUUCAAGGUUUUUAAUUCUGUAGAAGUAACUAAUGUGAAGUUUGAGGCAAGGUGAAAAAAUGCUGCAUGUUUGCAGAAUUAAUUAGCUUAGAACAAAACACACAAACUGGGCAGUGAUUUAAACUCUCAUAUUCCUGGCCAUCCCUUAAUGCUGCAACCUUUUAAAUCUCACCUUCUUACAAAUAUCAACCCCACCAGGAUCAUCUUGACAUCUCCAUGAAUUCAGGUUUAAUCUCCUGGACACUUCUAACUGCAACACAGGUGAAAACUCGCUAUGAAUAUUUUUUAAAAGAAAACAAUUUUUAAUAUUUAUAAAUAUUGAUUUUUGGGGCUGUUUGCCUGAAUUGAGAAUAUUAAGAUGUUAUUUGAUGAAACUUACAGGAAUACAAACAAGCAGAGUUGACAAAUCAACAUUUGUCCUUCACUACAACCCAUUUCAUGAAUAGAAUGUCUGAAAUGUGGAUUUUUGUUGCUCUCCACGGAUACUGUACCUGGCUUUCCAAGAGCUUCCAGCCUAUCUGAUUUCAUCUGCCAUCACAACUUGUAGCAGAAAUGCGUAUUUGUGGAUAUAGGAAGCAUACAGCAAAGUGGAUUUAAGUCUACAGUCAGAUAAGUCAUCAGCUUGUGAAUGACAAAGCAGGCUUGAUGAAUAUACUCCUGCUCCUAAGUCCUACCUUUCCAACCAGUCAGCUAUGUGUUGGUAAAUUUUUCAUUCAAAAACUAAAUUAAUGAAGAUAUAAAAUUGAUAUAUAUUGUUCAUAUUAUUGCAUUUCACUUAAAAUUACAUUAACUUUGAUUUGAAACAGGUCCUACUUUGAGGAAAUAACACUGACAGAGCCCUGCCACAAUGUUCCUGUACUUUGGUUUCUGAGUGGUGUUUUACUUUAAUAAAAUGAGGUUGUAUUCAUUGUAACCUUGAGUGCAUAAUAUAAUUGCCAAAAAAAAAAAUCAGUGUGCAGAAACUGCAGUUAAUCCGUAAAUGGAAUUCAAACUGUUACUAUUUAACCAAUAACUGAAAUGUUACACAGUACCUGUUUUUUUGUGUCAGUUCAGUGAAUAGAAUCUCUUAAAGUAGGAGCUAUUUAGAUAGCAGUUUUCAGGAGCUAAAAUAUCCCCAAACUGUUUCUAAACAAUGAAAUAACUUUGAAGUGAAAUUUGAACUGAGUGAUUUGCGAAACCAUUUCAGAAAGUGCUUAAGAAGAAAAUUACAUUGCAAUGGGUCUGAACUGAGAUUAUGGCACAGUGGGCAAGGACAGAUAUUUUCAUCCGAAUUGUAAAUCAAAUGUAUAUUUGCAACAAUCUAGUAGUAACUGAUACAAGCUUUCUUAUUUUAGAUUUACUUAAUUCACUAAAUUUAAAUUUCGUAGCAGCACUCAAGGCAUGUGUUCUCAUUUCUCAGAUUAUUAGUCCACGUUUCAAGAUUAUACUCCAUUAACCCAACCAAGAAUAUUAUUAAGCUGAAGAGAGUUCAGAAGGGAUUUACCAGGAUGUUGCCGAGUGUGGAAAGUAUGAGUAAGACUGUGAUUUUUUUCACUGGAGGUUGAGAGGCGACCUGAUAGAAGUUUAUGAAAUAAUAGGAGCUUGCUGAUUACAGGUGAAGGUGAACUUUGAAGUGACAAGAUGCAAUCAGUUUGGAAUCCAAGUUUUCCGAAAGGAAAACCCCAAAACAGUCUCGCGGCAAAAGGAUUUCGUAGUGUGAGACCAAAAUUCCUUACACCUGGCAGAAAAUCGCCAGUGCAGCCUUCAACCAACAAUGAGGUGGUGGAGAUGAGAGAAAACAGCCACAGUACAAGGUCAAAAGAUGUUUGCUUUUCAGUAAUAUCUCAGUCCAACAUCCCAUGUGGCACUGAAACAGAAGCUCUAUCAUCUGCUGUUGGUCCUAAUACCAAUAUACCAUGUACCUCGGAAAUUGAAAGCCAAGCUAUUUCGGACAGCACAUCAUAUAAGGUUCUCUAUAACUCAAACAUAGAUAACACUGCAUUGUCAGCUGAUCCAAGGCAACCACAUGCCACUAAGUCAGGAUUGCAGGUCACAGAGAUCGAUUCACUUGAGAAUGACGUAGAUCCAGUCUACAAAGUCAAGCUGCGAACAGUUAGUGAGAAGAUGAACAUUGGGUCACCUUCUAACGCUCUGUUGACUUCAGAAACGAAAAGAUCACUGCCUUUAAAAGCAACAAAAGUUUUUGUUGAAGAUGAACCAAAGACUUGGUAUAAAUCAAGGUUUAAAGAUGAUUACAAUGUACUGAAAGCAGAUAAAUAUGGGGCAUCUCCUAUUGUUGAUGGCAGGAAGAAGAUGUGGGAGCCCAAUUCAACAAAACAGCCCCCAUCCAGUUCCAUCUCAGGCUAUCCAUCAAGAUCUCAACUAACUAGACCGCUGCCCUAUAAUUCAACAACAAGGAAUAACCACAUAAUUAAACAGACACUUUCAUCAGAACCAUUCAGCAGUUCUAAUGGUGAAAAGCAAGACUGCAGCCCUCAGCCACAAGAUCUACUUUCCAACAAUCCUGACAGUGAAUGUGCUCAAGGUUACUCCAUCCCUUUAUCAGGCAGACUUCAUGAUUCCUGGGGCCGGAAUUUGCAAAAUUAUGCAGCCCCUCCAAACGAUUAUCAGCCUACAAAAUCUACAGAUGUACUCUGCAAUCCUUUGGCAACAAAAGCACUUCAUUCACUUUGUUCUACUGAGGCUUCUGCUGAAGAAUGCAAGUGGUUACAUCCAAAUGGCAAAGUUGAUACCUGUGGCUAUCAAGUUGAACCUAAAAGUGUAUUUUGUUAUAAACCUGGAAAGUCAUCUGUUUUAGAUCAUGAUGAUUCAAGACCAAUACACAUCAACACUUCAGGAGCAGCAUUUCUCAGUAAAUCUAGAUCACUCCCAAUGUUGGCAGAAUCAGUUGGUCAGCUGACCUUCAAUGAACCCAGGCAAUGUAAUCGUUCAGACGUAAAUCUACCUCAACUGAAGUCCAUGGAAAUCCAACGUUAUUCAUCUGCUGAUCAAAUCUCCGUAGACAAUGAAAAUGCAGAACUGUCCCUGGCUGAUGCACCCAAACCUGCAGAUCUGCAUUUUCAGUCCCAAAAGCCAAAGCCACCAGAGGAGACGCAUGAGCGAAGACAGCAACUAAAUAUGGAACUGACUGUAAGAGCGAAGUAUGAUUUCCAUGGUCACACGUCAAAAGAAUUGCCUGUCAGAAAGGGAGACAUCGUCUUCAUCCACAAACAGAAGGAUCACAACUGGUAUGAAGGCCAGUGUAAUGGCAAGAGUGGCUUAAUCCCAAUUUGCUAUGUAGAGCCUGUUUCUGACCUACAGAGAAAUGAGCAAAAAGCACUUGAUGAAAUUGCAGUUGCUAGAUUCAGAUUUGCUGCCUUGACUAACAUAGAACUGCCACUGGAAAAGGACCAAUCAGUAGUUGUGCUCAGGAGAAUAGAUGAGAACUGGUAUGAAGGAAAGUACCCAGGGACAAAUCGGAAAGGGAUAUUUCCUGUCACAUAUGUUGAAGUCGUUGGUAAAUCAACCAAUGAGUCUGUCUUCGCCCAACAUCUUCCAACAUCUGGGAGCGAUAUGAAAAUAAAAAUGGCUUCCCAGAGGUCUUUUCAACAGCUUCAGCAAAAGAGCAUGAAUAAUGACAGUAUUAAAUCUGGUGAAGAAAUAUAUUUGGCUUUAUAUUCAUUUGUUCCCAACAAGGAAGAUGAACUGGAGCUCAAACAAGGAGACGUCAUUAACGUUAUCAGGAAAUGUGGUGAUGGUUGGUACUUCGGUACAUCCAGAAGAACCAAGAUGUUUGGCACUUUCCCAGGAAAUUAUGUGGAAAAAUUGUGUUUAUGACCAACUGAACUGAUUCUCCAAUGCAACCAAGAUAUUAUUCUGGGUGAAUUUGUGAACUGAAUGAGUCAGGAAAUGCACUGAAAUGUAGAUGCUGUCAGCAAAACGAAGUCCCAGUGGCAGAUCUAUUUGGCGCUGAAUUACCUGGAAGGUUUUGGUGGAACUAUGAUGCAAAUGUUUUUCCCUUCAAAGAAAUCUGUGUAUGUUUGAUUUAUGCUGUUCCUUAUCUCAAAUCAUGGCUGUAUGAAAGUUUUCAUGUUACAUUCAACACAAUAUCACUUCCCCCAUUAACAUUGUUCACUUCUGAGCAAAAAAACAGGAAACAGAAACUGUUACAUUUUCCCAAGCUCUCCAGACAUAAGCUUAUAUGCAAAAUUUUAGGAACAGCAGGAACUGAAAUCAUUCCUUCCAAUGAUUGAUUGUGAUUUUUUUAGCAAUUUAUUUUUAAAAGUUAUUUCUUCUUAAUGAGACCUACAAAAUAUUUUCCAUAUAGAAUCAUACAACACAGAAGUAAAACCAGAAGGUGCUGGAAAAUCUCAGCCGGUCUAGCAACAUCUGUGAAGAAAAAGUCAGAGUUAACUUUUCGGGUCCAGUGACCUUUCCUCGUAAAAGAAGAUGCCUUUUCGCCCAUCGAGCCUGUGCCAAUCUAUGUAUGCUAAUCCCACUUUCCAGCACAUGAUUCAUUGCUUUGAACGCUACCACAUUUCAUGGGAUCAUCCAUGCAUGUUUUAAAGGUUGUGAGGUUUUCCUCUUCUACCACUCUUCCAGGUGAUUUCCACCAACCUUUGGGCAAAGUCAUGCUUCCUCAAAAUCCCUCCGAAACUCCUGUCUUUCACUCUAAAAUUAUUCCCUCUCAUUUUUGACCCCUGUGGUAGCAGCUUUCUAUCCAGCUUGUCCAUGCUCCUCAUAAUAAUGUACACCUCAAUCAGGUGCUCCAUCAGAUCCCUCUACUCUAAAGAAAAUAACCCAAGCUUAUCCAGUCUCUCUCCAUAGUUAAAAUGCUCCACCCCAGGUGACAUUCUGAUGAAUCUCCUCUGCAUCUCAUCCAAUGCAAUCACAUCCUUCCUGUAAUUUGGUGACCAGAAAUUCACAGUAUCCCAGCUGUUUUGUACAGCUCCAACAUCACCUCACUACUGUUAUAAUCUAAAGCACACCUGAUUAAGGCAAAAGUCCCACAUGCCUUCUUAACUACCCUAUUAACCUGUCCUUCAACCUUUAUGGCUUUGUGGACAAGAACUUCAAAUCCCUCUGUUUUUCUGCGCUUCUUCAUGUCCUGCCUUUCACUGAGCACUCCAUUGUCUUAUUACAACUUCCAAAAUGCAUCACUUCAUGAUUUUCAAGAACGUCCUAUCUCUGAAUAUAUUUUUUAGAAAUUCUAUUUUCUUAAAAAAAGUGUUUAAUGUGCAAAAGUGAUAGUUUGGUAUCUUUCAAUUUCAUUUUCAUAGUAACAUUAAAAAUGAAGUGAAGAAGAAAGAAGGAAAUUAUUCUGUGAUUUCCUCAGGCCCCGAUCUUUUUUAUUGAUUCCAUUUAUAUCAUGUGGAUUUUUACUCUAUUUCAUACCAAUACAUUUGAGGAAAUUAAAUUGAAAUACCCUUAAUAUACCAUUUCAUACCUGCCCCUAUCUGGGAAAACGAAUACAUCACCUGCUCCCACAUGCUUCCUUGGAAAUAAUGUAUUUAUGUCACUGUUCCAAAUAAAUUUCUGACCUAGCAAAAACAAAUUGCAUUCACAGAGCUAACAAAUCUUUUUAAUUUUGUUUCACAAUCCAACUCUCAAAUAAUAAUAGUUUCUAUUAUACACCAUUCAUCUCAUAGUUUUGUAAGAGUUGUGUGGAUUAACUCAUCUUUAAACAUUGCAUUUUCAACUAUUGACUUGGAUACUCAUUCAAACAGACCCAGCUCAGGUUGCCAAUACAUGGAGAUAGAUUUGUUCCAUAGAUCUCCCCCUCAAGCUCUACUUCGUAAGGCUGUCUGACCUAAAUAUAUUAGUGAACCUGUACUUUAUUGAUGAAGAUGUCUUGUAAUUACAAUUUGUGGAGAGCACAUCACUUACAUUGAUUGCAAUUUCCUUGUCAUUUGGUGUAAUUUGUGUUAGGCAAUGAUGGGUGUAAUUUAUAACUAAAAUUAGUUCCUUAAUAAAAGACAGGAAAGUGAAAGUACAUUGAGCGGAUACAAAUGAUAGUCAUCAAUUUAGAUCUGUGUGAAUUUGUUCGUACAUGCUCUGAAUGUGCCAUUUUUUUGACAUAAAUGUCUAUAUUUAGAAAUAUUUGAGAAUGCCACAGUGAAUAAAAUGAUGAAUAACCAGUCAUACACUUCCCUCCCUAGCAGCAUUGUGGGUCAACCUACAAAAAAUGGACUGGAGCAUUCAAGAAGGCAGCUCACCGCCACCUUCCCGAGGGCAACUAGGGACAAACAAUAAAUUAGAACAAAGAAUUGCAGAUGCUGUAGAUCUGAAACAAA